GGUACAUAUAUGACAUGCCUGGCUGAGCAGCUGUGGCACAGCCGGCAGCCCAACGGACAUGGACAUGGCGCCGCCGCUACACUUCGUGCUGGUGCCGCUCCUUGCGCAGGGCCACGUGAUCCCCACGGUGGACCUGGCGCGGCUCAUCGCCGGGCGCGGCGGCACGCGCGUCACCGUUGUCCUGACGCCCGUCAACGCCGCGCGCAACAGAGCCGCCCUGGAGCACGCCCGCCGCGCGGGGCUCGCCGUCGACUUCGCCGAGCUCGACUUCCCGUCGGCCGCGGCGGGCCUGCCAGAGGGCUGCGAGAGCCACGACAUGGUCGGUGACCUGUCGCAUAUCAAGCUUUUCUACGACGCCAUGUGGCUGCUCGCGGGCCCGCUCGAGGCGUACCUCCGCGCGCUGCCGCGGCGGCCUGACUGCCUGGUCGCCGACACCUGCAACCCGUGGACGGCGGAAAUCGCUCGACGGCUCGGCAUCCCACGGUUCGUGUUCCACGGUCCGUCCGCGUUCUUCCUCCUCGCGGCGCAUAACCUGGCCAAGCACGGUGUGCGCGACCGCGCCUCCGGCGAGUUCGAGCCGUUCGAGGUGCCCAACUUCCCGGUGCGCACGGUCGUGAACAAGGCGAUGUCGCUCGGGUUCUUCCAGUGGCCAGGGCUGGAGGCGCAACGGCGCGAGACGCUCGAUGCCGAGGCCACCGCCGACGGCUUCGUCGUCAACACGCGCGCGGCCUUCGAAGGCGCGUUCGUCGAGGGCUACGCGGGGGCGCUCGACCGAAAGGUGUGGGCGGUCGGACCACUCUGCCUCCUAGACUCCGACAGCGAGACGACGGCCGGGAGAGGCGAUCGCGCGGCCAUGGACGCGGGCCGUAUCAGCUCCUGGCUCGACGCGAGGCCUCCACGAUCCGUGCUCUACGUCAGCUUCGGCAGCAUCGCCCGCUUGUUGCCGCCGCAGGUCGCCGAGCUCGCCGCCGGGCUGGAGGCGUCGGAGAGGCCGUUCGUCUGGGUGGCCAAGGAGGGCGACGACGUGGACGCCGGAUUCGACGCGCGGGUGGAGUGCCGCGGCCUGGUCAUCCGUGGGUGGGCACCGCAGAUGACCAUCCUGUCGCACCCGGCGGUGGGCGGCUUCUUGACGCACUGUGGCUGGAACUCCACGCUGGAGUCUCUUUCCAAUGGCGUGCCGCUUCUGACCUGGCCUCACUUUGCUGACCAGUUCCUGAACGAGAAGUUAGUCGUCGACGUGCUUGGCGCUGGUGUCCGUGUCGGUGUGAAGGUGCCGUCGACCCACGUAUUCCUGGACCCUGAGACACCGGCAGUGCAGGUUUGGGCAGACGAUGUCGUAAGGACGGUGGCCAAGCUGAUGGACGACGGGGCGGCAGUGCGGGCAAAGGCAAUGGAGCUCGCAGCGAAGGCGAGGGAGUCCAUGGCAAAAGGCGGGUCCUCGGACAGUGACCUGGUGGGCAUGAUUCAGCAUCUCGCAGAGCUUGCGAAUAAUGAAAAGGAUGAAGUUGUGUCUAAUACAAGCGUGGGUAGGUCUUAAUCAUCGAGACUUAACCAAAUCUCAGUCAAGUGACAUAAUAUUUAAGAAAGAAAAAAGAAA